AUAAAAAUAGUCAAAUUGUACCUGAUAGACCAAUCCACCCUUUUUUCUUCUCAGCCGUUGGCUUCUUCUGUUGUGUCUAUCCCUCGGCUUCGCGAGUUUGCUGCGUCGAUACCCAGUUGAUUGCAGUUGCGGCAGCCAGGUACAAAAGGAGGAAAAUCAUACAAAAUGGCCAACUCUCCCCACGGCGGUGUGCUCAAGGACCUGCUUGCGCGAGACCAGCCUCGCCAUGAGGAGCUUGCGGCCGAAGCAGAGACUCUGCCGGCGCUCCUGCUCAGCGAGCGUCAGCUUUGUGACCUCGAGCUGCUACUCAAUGGCGGUUUCUCCCCUCUUGAAGGUUUCAUGAACGAGAAAGACUACAAUGGGGUCGUCAAGGAGAACCGGCUCGCCAACGGCACCCUCUUCAGCAUGCCCAUCACCCUCGAUGUGUCGCAGGAGACGGUCGACGAGCUCGAGCUGAAGGCUGGCGCAAGAAUUACACUGCGCGACUUCCGUGACGACCGCAACCUGGCUAUCCUCACCGUGGAGGACGUUUACAAGCCCGACAAGACCGUCGAAGCCAAGGAGGUCUUUGGCGGUGACGAGGAACAUCCGGCCGUUCGAUACCUCUUCCACACAGCAAAGGAAUUCUACGUGGGUGGCAAGCUCGAGGCUGUCAACAAGCUGCAGCACUAUGACUUCGUCGAAUUGCGAUACACGCCGGCCGAGCUGCGUGCCCAUUUUGACAAGCUCGGUUGGUCCAAGGUUGUGGCCUUCCAGACGAGAAAUCCAAUGCACCGCGCCCACAGAGAGCUGACGGUCCGCGCUGCCCGGACACACCAUGCCAACGUGCUCAUCCACCCCGUGGUCGGCCUGACCAAGCCCGGCGAUAUUGACCACUUCACCCGUGUUCGCGUGUACAAGGCCCUGCUGCCAAGAUACCCCAAUGGCAUGGCAGUGCUUGGCCUGCUGCCCCUUGCGAUGCGGAUGGGUGGCCCCCGCGAGGCCAUCUGGCACGCCAUUAUUCGCAAGAAUCACGGCGCUACACACUUCAUCGUUGGCCGUGACCAUGCGGGUCCUGGCAAGAACAGCAAAGGCGUCGACUUCUACGGCCCCUAUGACGCCCAAUAUGCCGUCGAGAAGUACCGUGACGAGCUCGGCAUCGAGGUGGUGCCUUUCCAGAUGAUGACGUAUCUGCCCGACAGCGACGAGUACGCUCCUGUUGACCAGAUUCCUAAGGGCGUCCGGACACUUAACAUUUCGGGCACUGAGCUGCGUGCUCGGUUGCGGAGCGGGCGCGAGAUCCCCGAGUGGUUCUCUUAUCCCGAGGUCGUCAAGGUUCUGCGGGAAUCGCACCCGCCGCGAUCGCAGCAGGGCUUUACCGUCUUCCUGACGGGCUACCAGAACAGCGGCAAGGACCAGAUUGCGCGGGCGCUCCAGGUCACGCUCAACCAGCAGGGCGGCCGCUCCGUGUCGAUGCUGCUGGGCGAGACGGUCCGGCACGAGCUGUCAUCGGAGUUGGGCUUCAGCCGCGAGGAUCGGGACAAGAACAUUGCGCGCAUCGCCUUUGUCGCAUCGGAACUGACGAGGUCGGGCGCCGCCGUCAUCGCUGCGCCGAUCGCCCCCUUUGAGCAGGCACGGCAGCACGCCCGGGAGCUGGUAGAAAAGUAUGGCGACUUCUACCUCGUCCACGUGGCAACGCCGCUCGAGUACUGCGAGAAGACGGACAAGAGGGGGAUUUAUAAGAGGGCCCGGGCCGGAGAGAUCAAGGGCUUCACUGGUGUCGAUGACCCGUAUGAGCCGCCCGCCAAGGCGGACCUCGUGGUAGACUGCGAAAAGCAAUCGGUACGGUCCAUUGUGCACCAGAUCAUCCUCCUUCUUGAGAGCCAGGGGUUGCUGGACAGGUUUUAGAGGGUAUGUCUCUCCAUGAUGAGCGGCGGGAAGGGAAAGAGCAGUUCAGGGGACUGAGUCGGAUGCGGCCAUAUCUUCAGAUGCGACUGCGGCAAUGCUUGGUACUGUACUGUACAGUAUCAAUAUGUGCCACAAGGGUAGACUGAUGGAAUAGAACACUGAUGAAUCCACGGGCAAUCUUGAAGGCUGCGAGAAUCCGACCUGGAUUUGCUCCUCGCUAUGUACCUUCGUAGCGCUAACAGUCCUUCCCGAAGACCACUUGACUAGCGUCGGGUGAUUGCAGGUUCCAAGGUUGUCGGGCUGCAUUCCCCGGCGCCUAGCGACCAGCC